CUGGAAGACGGCAUAGACUUGGGCCUCUAUGCCACGGAACAAUGGCCAAACCUUGUGGCCUAUAGUCGCUUCUGCAGCGACUGCGUCACUUCUGAGGAGGAGUGCGCUACGUGCGCAACUCGCAAGGGAUACUUCAUGUAUAGAAGUGAAGACACAAAAUGGAGUGUCACGGACAGAUUCCUGGAUUGGAUUCUGAAUGAGCCGGCUAACAGUGAUACACUGUUCGUAGCCCAUAAUGGCUCAAGAUUCGACAUGCACUUCAUAGUGAGUCGACUUCUUCAUAGAGGGAUUUAUCCCAAUAUGAUUCUCAACGGCACGCAGCUGAUCGGCAUGGAUGUUAAGCCGUUGAAGGGCCAGAAGUUUAACGCUGUCUCAUUCAAAGACAGCUACCUUCUUGUGCCACUGCCGUUGGCCUCACUCCCAAAGGCCUUUGACAUAGCCGACAUGUCAAAAGGAGAGUUUCCCUACCUCCUUAAUCACCCCAUAAAUUAUGGAAAGGUGAUGCCCGGCCUUCCGGGAAAGCAGUACUAUUGUACAGCGAGGAAGAAGGCCGAGGCC